AUGAAUGAAAGUAAUUUUCCCAUCCCUAAUCUUGUUUUCAAUGAUGAGUUAAUCGACAACAUCACUAAAGAAGUCGAUUGCUCUUCUGUGACAUCUGUUAUUUUCAAUUUUUCGCCCAAAGCCGGAAGAAUAUUUCGAAUCGAACCACUAAAAAGAUAUACAAAUAUCAGAGAAAUAUCAUUAAUAGGUCAUGGAUUUGAAAAUAUCAAGCCUUUUCUAUCAUUACCGAACCUAACAAGAUUAAAUUUAUCUUAUAACAGCAUUUCAAACAUUUCAGAUAUAUGCAAAAUGACAAACCUUCAAUAUUUAGUACUUUCGCAUAAUGGAAUUACAACUAUACCAUCGCAAAUCAAAUCAUUAGCGAAAUUGCAAGUUCUAAAAUUGAGUUACAAUCCAAUUGAAGAUCGCAAUAACUUACUAAACAUGCAAAAAUCUACAAAUCUUACUUCAUUAGAUCUAGAAGGAACAAAAAUUUGUCAAGAUGAUUCUUCUCGUCUUUUUAUCAUUUUUUCAUUACCUCAACUCGAUACUCUUAACAGAAAGUCGAUUUUACUUGAAGAACGUCGUCAAGCAUCAGAAAGAUUUGGUCGAAGUUUAUUCAUUGAAUUAGAACAGAAAAAUGCUGAUUUACAAGAUGAAAUCUCUCAAUUACAGUCCAAACUCGAAGCUGCUUCCCGUAAUGCAGUUGAUUCAGAAGAGAUGCAAAACCAAAAUUCUCAAGUUCAACAAGAAAUAUUAAUUUUAAAGCAAAAACUUCAACAACAGACAGAAACACUCAAUCAAUAUGUUGUUGACAUUACAAAUGAAAGGAACAAGAAUAACGAACUAGAGCAGCAACUUCAAGAACUUCAUUUCAAUGGAGUUGCGAAUCCACAGCAAUACGCACAAGAUUUGGAUGAAUUGAGAAACGUUAAAAGCGAAAACACAAAAUUAAAUGAAAGAAUUUCGCAGUUACAAAUGAUCAAUGAUGAGAAUGAAUCUAAAAUACAAAAUCUUGUUAAGCAGAUCCAAGAAAAAGAUGAGAAAUACGGUGAUGUCGCUCAAUCUCUUGAAGAAAGACAAAACAAUCUAAAAGAAAUGUCAGAAAACAUCAUAAAAUUACAAAGUGAAAAUUCUGCAUUAACUAAAGAACGAAAUUCCCUUUCAUCAGAAUUACAACAGAAGACAAUGUUCAUUGAUGAAUUGCAGUCAAACUUGAAACAAGUUGAAGAGAAAUCUCGAACAGUUUAUAGAAGUGGAAAUAAAUCAACAAUUGUUGAUGAUAGAGUUAAAACAUUACAAGAGAGAUUUAAUGCUGUGAACUCCGAAAAAGAAGAAUUGAAAUUAACAUUAGAUCAAGUUAAGCAACUUGUUACUGAUCAGCAAAGACAAAUUCUUCAACUUAAAAAGGAAAACUCAGAACUUAAACAAAAUAUCAAUGAAAAAACUGAUGAAGAUGAUUCGUUUAAUUUGUCAACAAUGAUAAAUAAGAUGCAGAAAGAAAACUCCGAAGAUAUUGAUAAGCUUCAUAAAAGUAUUACAGAGUUACAAAAUCAAGUCCAAUAUUGGAAAGAAAAAUGUUUGUCACAAGAAAAUUCUUUCAAAGAAAAUCAAGAAAAAUUCAGAAUUUCUUUGAUGGAAAAUGUGACGAAUCAAACUAUUUUACCAUUACAACAAUCUAAUAAUGACAAAGAUCAACAGAUUAAAGAGCUCAUGAACCAAAUUAAGCUCAUUAAAGACAAACAAGAUGAAGUAGAAAGUAAAAACAAAGCGAAAGAUCAGCAAAUGAAGAAACUUAUCAAAGAACUUGAGAAAGAACAGAAGAAGAAUAAAGAUUUGACACUAACUAUUGCAAAUGCUGAAGAUCCAAAGCAUAUACAGACACAAAUGCAAGCUAGAAUUGAUGAUUUGCAAAGUGAAAUUUCUAAUUUGAAACAAGAAAUUCAACAAAAUGAGCAAAAAUAUCAAAAUCUUAAGAAAGAAAACAAAUCUCUUAAGAAUGAUAAUGAAAGUGCAAAUCAUACUAUUUCUGCUUUGCAAGAAGAGAUCAAGAAGAUAUCUGAUAACACAGAUUUAACAAGAAAAAUCGAAGAACAAGAAAAAGAAGUUGAUCAACUUAGAAAAUACAAUGAGAAACUUGAAACAACAAUUUCUAGUAGCAAACAACAGAAAGAAGAAAUGUUACAUAACCAAAACAAAGCUCUUAAACAGAUGAUCUUUAAACUUGCAAAAGAGAUUUCUCCAAAUGCUGUUCAUUCAACAUCAUUUAAUAAAAUGGCUGAUGAAUUCAAUAUGAUGUCGCAGACAUUCAACGAAACAAUGAAAUUGAAAGAAGCAGCAACGAAUCAAUUAAAGAGAAUUGACUCUAAAGUUUAUGGUAUUACAUCUAGAUAUAACAUUGAAACUGUUGAUGAUACAGUUAAAGCAUUAACUGAACUCGAUAAUUUAUUAAAUAUCGAGAAACAAAGAACCCAAAAGAAUCUUGAUGAUCUUGCAAAUAAAACAGAAGAUUUAAUGGAUGAAAUUGAUUCUUUGCAAUCAGUUAAUGUUAGUUUGACUGAUCAAAACAAGAAACAACAAAUAGAAAUCAUUAGAUUGCAAGGAAUAGAAAGAAGUGUUGAAGGAUUAAAUGAAGAUUUGAAUUCCGCAUAUCAAUUGAUUAAUCAAUACGAAUUGGCGAAUCAGAACUCUGAAUACGCUCAACAAAUGAAGUUUAUUAAGAAGAAACUAAAAGACAAACAAAAACAGAUCCAGAAAUACAAAUCAAGUGUAAAUGAAUUAUUGGAUGUUCAAUCAGAAAAUAAUUCUUUAAAGAAACAAAUAUCAGAUUUGAAUGAAAAUAUCAGAGAAAUGAAUGGUGCUUUGAAAGCAGCAAACAAGAAAUUGCAGUCACUUGACAAACUCCAUCAAAGAAAGCUUGAAAUGGAAGAUCAAAUCUCUAGUUUGAUGACAGCAUGCAGACAACUUCAAAUGGAUAAAGAAUCAUUACAAAAGAAAGUUGAUGAACUCAAGAAAUCAAAUGAAGAGAAAGAUGAUGCACUUGAGUCUUAUAGAGAUAAGUUGAAUUCGCAAAUAGAUAUAUUAGGUCAAUCACAAAGUAUUAUUGAGAAUGCAAAUGAUAAAUCAAGGAAAGAUAGUAAUGCAAUCCAAGAAUUGAAAGAAAAACUUAUUAAUUCAGAUAAAGAAAUCGAAAAAAUGAAGAAAGAAAUGAAUGAUUACGAAAAUACAAAUAAGUCCAAUAAAGAAAACUUACUUAAACUACAACAGAAGAUUAUAGAAGUCACAAGAACAGUAAAUCCAACAGAAAACCACGUAAGAGUAUCUGAUAAUGUUUCUCAAUUAUUAAAUGAUUUGGAUUUGAUUGUUAAAGCGUUUUCAGAUAAGGAUAAAACAAUUAAUGAAAUUAAAGGAGUUAUUGAUAAAAAUAACAACGAAUUCAUUUCAUUUAAAUCGAAUCUUUCAAAUAUAAUUUCAUCAUUUAGUCAAAAAUUAGUUUCAGAAACAGAUAACAAUAAAUUAUUGAAUCUUACAAAUGAUUUUGUUAAAUCUCAAGUAGAUCAAAUCAAUGAAAUCAAGUCGCAGAUUGUACAAAUCAUCAAGAACUCAUCAACGUAUAAACCAACAUUGUCAUCGCCGCAAAAUGAACUUUUAGACAUAUUAAGAGAAAUUAUUUCAGAACAUGAAGUUACUGAAAACAAACUUGGAAGUGAAGUUACUUAUUUAAAUGAUAUUCUUAACCAAUUGGAUAUAAAGAACAGUGAUUUGGCUCAGCAGAUUGCAGAACACAGACAAGGAUACGAAAUUCUUAAACAGAAAUUAGAUGAAGCAUCACAUAUAAUUGAAGAAAAAGAAUCCAAUGUUUUCGAAGAAAAACAACAAACAAAUGAAGUUAUUAGUCAAGCCAAAGCAAAGAUUUCAAGAUUAGAAAGGAAAUUAACAGAAUCAAAUUCAUCGAACAAAGAUUUACAAUCUAAAGUUGAUGAAUUAAAGAAGAAACUACAAGAAUCAUCAGAAAAUGAAAUCAAAAUUAAACAAAACACAGAACAAAUGAGAAUUGAAAUGGAGAAAAGAAUCACAGAACAAGAACAAUUGAAGAAGCAACUCACAGAAUUGCAGACAAAUAAUAUAAACAAUCAAAAACAAAUAAAUGAUUUGAAUAACACACUUAAAAUCUCAGAGAAACAAAGAACAGAAUUACAAGUUAAAUUUGAUGAACAAACAAAAUCGAACAAAGAAAUUGUUGAUCAAAAACAGCAACAAAUAUAUAGUCUUAAUAAUGAAAUAUCUAAAAUGAAAGCGGAUAUAGAGAAACAGAAUGCUUUGAACAAUGAUUUGAACACAGAAAAAUCAUCAUUAAAUGUUAAAAUUGUUAAAUUUGAAAGCGAAAUUAAAUCAUUGAAUGAAAAAUUGACAAAUAUGAAAGAGAUUAUUGCAAAUUCUCAAUUGGAAAAGAAGAAAUUGGAAGAAGAGAUCAAAUCAAGAGUGAAAGAACUUUCAAAUCUUCAAGAAGAGAAUGCAAAACUAUUAACAUCAUCUCAUGAAAAAGAAAUCACAAUGCAGAAAGAGAAAUUUGAAAAUGAAACUCAAAAAAUGAAGAAAGAAAUUGAAGAAAAGACAGCAAAUAUUUCUGAAUUAGAGAAAGCAUUAUCUGAUAAAGAAAGGAAUCAUAAGAAUUUACUAAGUAAGAUACAAAAGAAGUAUUCUCAACUUGAAGACAAACUUGAAAUUGCUGAAGAAAAAUUGGAAGAAUCAGAUAAAAAAGUCAAAGAUCUCAAAAACAUCAUAACUCUUCAUAAACAGAACCAAGUACAAAUGGAGAAUGAGCAUAAUCAAUUAAUUAAUGAUAUGAACAAACAACAUGACCAGGAAAAGAAUAAUUUGUCUCUCCAGUUGAAAUCUCUUGAAAAUCAAAUCGAAAAUUUGAUCCAAGAAAAAGAAAGUUAUGAAACAGAAAUUUCUACUGUUUAUGGAGACAGAGAUUCAAUGAAACAAGCCUUAGAAAAAGCAUCUGCUUUUAUACAGAAGAAGUCAAUUAAAAUAGAAAAGAUGAAGAAGCAAAUGAGUCAAGUUAAAGUUACAAUUGAAAGUAUGAAUGAAGAAUUAUCUGAAAAAGAAAAUCAAAUUGAAGAACUGCAAAAACUAACAAAUCGUUUGGGCAAACAAAAAGUUCAAAUCACCGAAACUAAUGAUGCUAUUUCUAAACUAAAUGCUGAAAUUGCUGAGAAAGACCAGAAAUUGUUCGAAAUGGAAGUUUUGAAGAAGAAAAUUUCUCAAUUAACAGAAACAAUUGAGAAAUUAACAAAAGAUUUAGAAAAUUCUCAAAACGAAACAAUUAAUUUCAAGAAUGAAUUAAAUUAUACAAAGAAGUUAAUUGAGGAUCUUAAACAACAGAAAGAAGAUAUCCAAAACGAAUUAGAUUUAGAGAAACAACAUUCAGAAGAAAUCUCUAAAACAUUACAAUCUAAAAUUGAUGAAAAUACAUCACAAAAUGUUAAAAUCCAAGAAUUAAAUGAGAAAACAAUUAGUCUGCAAAAAGAAUCUGAUUCUUAUAAACUCAAAGUUGAUGAAUUGAACAGCGAUAUCAAGAGAAAGAAUGCAAUGAUUGAAGACAUGAAAAAUCAUUUGAUUUCCCAGAAAGUCGAAAACGAAACAAUUUAUAAAUCAAACAACCAAAUGAAGGCAAAGAUUGAAUCAUUGUACAAUGAAAUCAAAGAAAACAAAGCUAAGAUUGAUGAAUAUCAGCGUGAAUCAGCCAAAGUUGAUGUAGAAAGAACACAAUUCCAGUUGACAAUCAAAGAUUAUGAAAUGAAAGUUAAAGAUGAAAAUAACUUGAGAUUAACAACAGAAGAAAAACUUUCAAAUGCACAGAAAGAAAAUGAUUUGCUCAAGAAGGAAAUCGAGAAGAAAGAAAAUGAUAAUCAAUUAUUAAGUCAAUCAAAGGAUUCUUCUCUUCAAACAGUUACUCAGUUGAAAUCUUUAGUUGAAGAAAAAGAAAAACAAAUUGCUUCAUUGAAUAAAAAAGUUGCUGAUUAUGAAUCAACAAUCCAUGAAUCAGAAAUCUAUCAAACUAAAACUAAACUAGAAAUAGAAGAUAUCACAAAAUCCAAAUCAACUCUCCAACAGUUAUUAGAUACAAUUUCAAAUGAUAAAUCAAAUUUGGAGAAACAAAUUCUGGAUCAAAAAUCAACUGUUUCUCUUUUGACAGCACAAAUAUCGAAUUUGCAAGAAUCUGAACAGAAGCUAAAGCUCACACAGAUACAGAACAACACGCAGAUAAAUGAUUUGAACAAUAAGAUUUCGGAAAUGACAAAAACAGAUCAAACUAAAAGUGAAAUUAUUCAAAAUCAUCAAAAUAAAAUUCAUGAACUAGAAUUGCAGUUACUUGAUAAAAAUAAUGAACUUAACAAUGCUAAUAAAGAAAUAGAGAACAUCAAGAGCCAAACAGAAUCAAUCAUUCAGAAGACUGCAUUCGAAAUUCAAAAUAAAACUGAAAUUUUGAAUAAUUAUGAAACAAAAUUCGAAAACAUGAAGAAACAAAACGCAAAAGCAGCUGUAACAAUCAAUGAUAUGACUAAGUCUAGCUCUGACUUAAGGAAACACGUCAAUUUAUUAGAGAAUCAGUUGUUUGAUUCGAAAAUGAAAAUUGAAAAUUUGACAAAAGAAUUAAAUGAGUCACAGAACAAAAUCCAGAGCAUGACUAAGCAAAUUAAUGAAUCUAGAGCAUUUAGCAGCACAUUGCAGACAAAGCUUGAUAGAGAAUCAAAGCAAAAAGAGAGUUUACAAAGAGAAUUAAAUUUCACUCAAACAGAAUUGACAAAAAUUCAAACAGAAGCAUCGGAAUACAAGUCAAAGAUACUUCAUACAAGUGAAAUGGAGUCAGCAAUGCAGAAUUCUUAUUCUUUGAUAGAAGAAAAGUUGAAAUCAGAAGAAAACAAGAGAAGAAACUUGGAAAGGCUCAUAACAGACAUGAGAUUAACAAGAGAUGUCAAUUCAUCACCAAAGAAACAAGAAAUUGAAUCUCUUAAGAUUAAUUUGCAAAAUCUUGAGAAUGAAAAUGACAAAUUAAUCAAUGAAAUCAAGACAUUGAACGAAAAGAAUGUUUUGUUGCAACAAGAAAUAUCUAAAUUAAGUUCAGAUCUCCAAGAAAAAGAAAAAUCAGAAAAAUCUUUGUUACAAAAACAAAAUGAUUUAAUUUCUGAAAUUUCAAAACUCAAGAACGACAUAAAAGAUCACAAGAUAAACUUGAGCCAGUCCACAUCAAGUCUCAAGAAAGACAUCAGCACCAAAGCAAAACAGAUCGAACAAUCGAAAGAUGAAUUGAACAAUUUGCAAACUGAAAAUAAUUCGUUGAAGAAGAAAAUCCAAAAUUUGGAAGCUGUUUUACAAGAUACAGAAGAUAGUUUGGCACAGUCUAAUCAGUCUCAAAGACAAAUCAAAGCUUCCUAUGAUCUUCUUAACAACAAAUUUGAAGAAAACCAAGUUUUGUUGAAUUCGAAACAAAAAGAAAUUGAAAGAUUAACAAAUGAAGUUUCUGACAAAGAAAAAGAACUUGAAAAAACUAAAUCUGAGUUGAUUAAUAUCCAAGAAAGAAUAAGAAGUGAUAGUUCUAAACUAAAUCAAGACAUUAAUGAGAAACAAACUAAAUUAGAGUCAUUAAACAUUGAACUUGAAAAGAUGAGAAAUAUAAAUAGAGAAUUAACUUCAAAAGUCAAUUCUUUAACAUCCCAAUUGCAAUCAAUCGCUGAUUCUAACCAGAAAGAUAUUAAUACAUAUAUCUCUCAGUACAAUGAAGAAAAAUCAACAAGGAAAGAAUUAGAAAAAUCAAAUGAAACACUCAAGAAGAAAUUGGAAGAAAAAGUUAAAGAAAACAAAAAUCUUUCUGUAAAAAUAACUUCAUUGAAGACAAAUAUCGAAGAACUACAAAUAGAAGUAACAAGAACACAAAGAACACUUGUACCAAAGAACCAAUUGGAAUCAUUACAGAAAUCAGUGAAUGAAAUGAGUCGAAAACUAGAUGACGCACAACAAAAUUUGGCAGAACAGAAGUCAAGAUAUUCAUCAAUUAUUGAGAAAUACAAUGAAAAGACUUCUUUGCUUUCUUUGUUAACUGAAUCAUUUAUUUCUGUUCAUUCUUUGAUUGCAAAUCAAUCGAAAUCUAAUUUGUCACAAAAACAAUUUUUGAUGCAAAUUUUAGAGAAAAUGUCUGCAAUUUUCAAAGCAAUGAAUUUAUCAAUGCCACAAAUUUCAUUUGCUCAACUAAAUAGACUUGAUGUUUCUGUUUCUUCAGUUGAUAUCUUUGAUAUCAAAAUGACGCACAACUUUAGAUUAUUAACAGAAGAAGAUGAAAAACUCAUUAAUGCAAUCAAAUUAAAUCUUUCUGACUUAGCUGUUUCUACAUCUGAAAGGUUGCCAAGUUUCACAGCAUCACAACAACUUUCAGGUAAACUCGAAUACAUAAGAAAUUUAGUUUCAAGAGUUAAAUCUGUCAUUGAUCAAAAAGAUUCUGAAAUUGAUAGAUUAAAUCAACAAAUUGCAAAGCAACACGAAACUGUCAUGAAGAUUACACAAAGCGGUAAUAUGAAUGCAUCAUUUAUAGAGAGUAGUGCACAAAGAGUUACAUUUAGUAACACUUAA